UGGGCCCCCCCUCAUGGAAAACAUCUCUGUUUACAAUGUAACCAUCCACGUGUUGCAUGCAGAUCAAGACGAGGGGAACACGGACCCGAGCCUCCGAGCCCUCACCGGAUUUCUCCUGUCCUUGCUAAUCCUGUCUACUCUCCUGGGCAACACGCUGGUGUGUUUAGCAGUCAUCAAGUUCAGACACCUGAGGUCCAAGGUGACCAACUUCUUUGUCAUCUCUUUGGCGGUGUCUGACCUGUUUGUGGCUCUCCUGGUGAUGCCAUGGAAAGCCGUAACGGAGGUAGCAGGCUACUGGCUUUUUGGCAAGUUUUGUGACACUUGGAUUGCUUUUGACAUAAUGUGCUCUACUGCAUCCAUCCUCAACCUGUGCAUCAUCAGCCUGGACCGCUACUGGGCUAUCGCAAGCCCCUUUAGGUAUGAAAGAAAAAUGACACAGAGGGUAGCUUUUAUCAUGAUCGGGGUGGCAUGGACCUUAUCUAUUCUAAUAUCCUUUAUACCGGUGCAGCUCAGCUGGCAUAAAUCCCAGGAGCUUGAUGAUGAUAAUGACCUUAAUUCAAUUAACCAGACCGAGAACUGUGAUUCUAGUCUGAACCGGACGUAUGCUAUAUCGUCUUCGCUUAUCAGCUUCUAUAUCCCUGUGGUCAUCAUGAUUGGAACCUAUACCAGGAUCUAUAGAAUUGCUCAGACUCAGAUUAGGAGAAUUUCAUCGUUAGAGAGGGCAGUGGAGCAUGCACAGAGUUGUCACCCCGAUUGCCCUCACGAAAAUUCCUUAAAGACCUCCUUUAGAAAGGAGACCAAGGUUCUGAAAACAUUAUCUAUCAUUAUGGGUGUGUUUGUCUUCUGCUGGCUUCCCUUCUUUGUAUUGAACUGCAUGGUCCCAUUCUGCCAUACAGGUCUCCCAGGGCAGAAUGAGCCCGAGCCACCAUGUGUUAGUGAGACCACUUUCAGUAUUUUUGUGUGGUUUGGAUGGGCCAACUCGUCACUCAAUCCUGUCAUUUACGCUUUCAAUGCGGACUUCAGGAAAGCCUUCACCACCAUCCUUGGAUGCAAUAAGUUCUGCUCUAGCUCCAACGUGGAAGCUGUAAACUUUAGCAACGAGCUGGUCUCCUACCAUCAUGACACCACCUUCCAAAAAGAUGUACCUGCAGUUUUCAACAGUUCACAACUGCCCAACAUGGUACCUCAAGAACAUGAGGACUUAGAAGGACCUUGUUUUGACAAAGUGUCGGUCAUUUCAAACUCACAUGGGACAAGAAGCCAAAGGAACAUGUUACUUCCAGCAAGUGUCCAGUUUGAAUGUGAGGCAGAAAUUUCCCUGGAAACUAUCACUCCAUUUACUUCCACUGUACCGAUUGAAUGUCAUUCCCAUGUGCUUCAAGAUGACGACAGGCAAUAUGCUAAAAAACUUUACUAAAAUAUUGAAAUACUCAGUAGCUUGCUGGCAUACAUGUCUAAUAUUUAUAUGUUACAUGACAAUAACCCAAGGAGGUUAAUUGGACACCUUGUG